AUGGCAAAUCCUCGAAUUUCGCGUCAGUUCCAAGUGCACGUCAAACUGCUUGAACCUGUAUGCUCCAAGGUUACACAGGCAUAUACCUACAAAGAAUGGAUGGAGAAUAAUUGCUUUCCUGGCGUAUACGCAUCUUUGCAUCAUAAAGAAGAAAAGCUCGUCUCUGUUGGUAUCAUCUCAAAUGCAAAAACACAGAGGAUAGUGACCUCAGCAACAGUGAAUAAUGGAGCUCAUGCGAGUUGUGCUUCCUCUCUUCUCCUACAACUGGCUAGUGUCGUCGCCAUGUCGUCUUCUCAAGCCAAACACACAAACACUGUUGAGAUAUGA